AAGAAAAAGACUCUGAUGACGUGACAGCUGGGGUCAUCAUGUCCGCUCUGUGUCCUCCUCCUUCUCCUGCUGUUGCCAAGACAGAGAUAGCAUUGAACGGAGAGUCACCACUACUGGCUGCUACUUUUGCCUACUGGGAUAACAUUCUUGGUCCCAGGGUCAGACACAUCUGGGCACCAAAAACAGAGCAGCAGCUUCUCAGUGAUGGAGAAAUAACAUUUCUGGCAAAUCACACUUUGAACGGGGAAAUACUUCGGAAUGCAGAGAGCGGUGCAAUAGAUGUGAAAUUUUUUGUUUUGGCUGAGAAAGGGGUCAUUAUUGUGUCCUUAAUUUUUGACGGAAACUGGAAUGGGGACAGAAGUACCUAUGGACUUUCAAUUAUACUUCCACAAAGUGAGCUUAGCUUCUACCUUCCCCUACACAGAGUGUGUGUUGACAGGCUGACGCAUAUUAUAAGGAAAGGAAGGAUAUGGAUGCAUAAGGAAAGGCAAGAACAUAUACAGAGAGCAGUUUUGGAGGGCACAGAGAGAAUGGAAGAUCAGGGUCAGAGCAUCAUUCCAAUGCUGACAGGAGAAGUUAUUCCUGUAAUGGAACUUCUUUCAUCUAUGAAAUCACACAGUGUUCCAGGAGAAAUAGAUAUACGUGACACAGUACUCAGUGAUGAUGAUAUUGGAGAUAGCUGUCAUGAAGGUUUUCUCCUGAAAGCUAUCAGUUCACACCUGCAGACCUGCGGUUGCUCAGUAGUUGUAGGAAGCAGUGCCGAAAAAGUUAAUAAGAUAGUGCGGACUCUGUGUCUCUUUCUUACUCCAGCAGAGCGAAAGUGUUCCAGGCUCUGUCGAAAUGAAACUUCUUUCAAGUAUGAAUCAGGAUUUUUUGUUCAAGGGUUGCUCAAGGAUGUGACUGGAAGUUUUGUGCUGCCUUUCCGGCAAGUGAUGUAUGCUCCAUAUCCUACCACUCAUAUUGAUGUGGAUGUCAACACAGUGAAGCAGAUGCCUCCGUGCCAUGAACAUAUCUAUAAUCAGCGGCGGUACAUGCGAUCUGAGCUAACAGCAUUUUGGAGAGCCACUUCAGAUGAGGAGAUGGCUCAGGAUACCAUUAUCCAUACAGAUGAAAGUUUCACUCCUGACCUGAAUGUUUUUCAAGAUGUCCUGCACCAAGACACUCUAGUUAAAGCUUUCCUGGAUCAGGUCUUUCAUUUAAAACCUGGACUGUCCCUGAGGAGUGUGUUCCUUGCGCAGUUCCUAUUAGUUCUUCACAGAAAAGCCUUAACACUCAUUAAAUAUAUAGAAGAUGACACGCAAAAAGGUAAAAAGCCUUUUAAGUCUCUCCGAAGCUUGAAGAUAGACCUGGACUUAACAGCAGAGGGCGAUCUUAACAUAAUAAUGGCUUUAGCUGAGAAGAUCAAGCCUGGUUUACAUUCGUUUCUCUUUGGCCGACCUUUCUACACUAGCGUGCAGGAACGGGAUGUUCUCAUGGCAUUUUAAAGAUGCUUGUUUGUGAUGUGAGUUGCUGUAACUCCACAAGGGUGUUCAAAGAUAACAGACAGAAAUGCAGUGUUGCUGUUUCAAGCACGUCCUGCAGUUCAGUGCAAUUUAAUGCAACGUACACUACAGCCCACAGGCGAAAGGGGCCCUAGUGCUAUAAG